CUCCUGGGAGGCGGCGCUGGGCCGGUGGCAAGCCCCCGGAGGGAGCCGCAGUAGUACGACGGAAGAUGGCGACGAGCGGCGGCGAAGAGGCGGCGGCAGCGGCUCCAGCGCCCGGGACCCCGGCAACGGGGGCGGACACGACCCCGGGCUGGGAGGUGGCUGUGCGGCCCCUGCUGUCCGCGUCCUACUCCGCCUUCGAGAUGAAGGAGUUGCCGCAGCUGGUGGCCUCAGUCAUCGAGAGUGAAUCAGAAAUCCUGCACCAUGAGAAGCAGUACGAGCCAUUCUACUCAUCUUUUGUUGCACUUUCCACACACUAUAUUACAACAGUUUGCAGUCUGAUUCCCCGGAACCAACUUCAGUCAGUGGCAGCAGCCUGUAAAGUUCUAAUUGAGUUUUCUCUCCUGCGUCUGGAGAAUCCAGAUGAGGCUUGUGCUGUGUCCCAGAAACACUUGAUUCUCCUAAUCAAGGGCCUGUGCACUGGCUGUAGCCGACUAGAUAGAACUGAAAUUAUCACAUUUACAGCAAUGAUGAAAUCUGCCAAGCUGCCCCAAACAGUGAAGACACUUUCAGACGUGGAAGAUCAGAAAGAGCUGGCCUCACCAGUAAGCCCUGAGUUGAGGCAAAAGGAGGUACAGAUGAAUUUUUUGAACCAGCUGACCUCAGUUUUUAACCCUAGAACUGUAGCAUCACAACCUAUCAGUACACAGACUCUGGUGGAAGGAGAAAAUGAUGAGCAGUCAUCUACAGAUCAAGCCUCAGCUAUCAAAACCAAGAAUGUGUUCAUAGCUCAGAACGUGGCUAGUCUUCAAGAGCUUGGUGGCUCGGAGAAGCUACUGCGUGUAUGUUUGAACCUGCCAUAUUUCCUACGCUAUAUCAAUCGGUUCCAAGAUGCAGUUUUAGCUAAUUCCUUCUUCAUAAUGCCUGCAACAGUAGCAGAUGCCACUGCUGUUCGUAAUGGCUUUCAUUCAUUGGUGAUUGAUGUAACUAUGGCAUUGGAUACCCUUUCUCUACCUGUGUUGGAACCUCUCAAUCCUUCUCGUCUACAAGAUGUGACAGUCCUCAGCCUAAGUUGUCUGUAUGCAGGUGUGAGUGUGGCAACGUGCAUGGCCAUCCUCCAUGUGGGUAGUGCCCAGCAAGUGCGGACAGGGUCCACGAGCUCCAAAGAAGAUGACUAUGAAAGUGACGCAGCUACAAUUGUCCAGAAAUGUCUCGAAAUCUAUGACAUGAUUGGACAAGCAAUCAGCAGUUCUCGCCGGGCUGGUGGUGAGCACUAUCAGAAUUUCCAAUUGCUGGGUGCUUGGUGCUUGUUAAACAGCCUUUUCCUCAUACUGAACCUCAGUCCUACUGCGUUGGCUGAUAAGGGGAAAGAGAAGGACCCGCUGGCUGCCCUCCGAGUCAGAGACAUCCUUUCUCGUACUAAAGAGGGAGUGGGCUCCCCUAAACUGGGGCCUGGAAAAGGGCAUCAGGGAUUUGGGGUACUCUCAGUAAUAUUGGCAAACCAUGCCAUCAAACUGCUAACGUCUCUCUUUCAAGACCUACAAGUGGAGGCCCUUCACAAGGGUUGGGAGACAGAUGGCCCCCCUGCAGCCUUGAGCAUUAUGGCCCAGAGCACCUCCAUACAGAGGAUUCAACGGCUGAUUGACUCUGUCCCACUGAUGAACCUGCUCUUGACAUUACUUUCAACUUCCUACAGAAAGGCAUGUGUCCUGCAGCGGCAGAGGAAGGGCUCCAUGAGCAGCGAUGCCAGCGCCUCCACCGACUCCAAUACUUACUAUGAGGAUGAUUUCAGUAGCACGGAGGAGGACAGCAGCCAAGACGAUGACAGUGAGCCUAUUUUGGGGCAAUGGUUUGAGGAGACGAUUUCUCCCAGUAAAGAGAAAGCAGCACCUCCGCCUCCUCCCCCACCUCCUCCACUGGAAAGUUCUCCUCGGGUUAAAAGCCCCAGUAAGCAGGCCCCUGGUGAGAAGGGCAACAUUCUGGCGAGUCGCAAAGAUCCUGAGUUGUUCUUAGGUCUGGCUUCCAACAUUUUGAACUUCAUCACCUCUUCCAUGUUGAACUCUCGGAACAAUUUUAUCCGAAACUAUCUGAGUGUAUCUCUUUCAGAACACCAUAUGGCCACCCUAGCCAGUAUCAUCAAGGAGGUGGACAAAGAUGGACUCAAGGGUUCAUCAGAUGAAGAGUUUGCUGCAGCUCUCUAUCACUUCAACCACUCACUGGUAACCUCUGACCUUCAGUCACCUAACCUGCAGAACACACUGUUGCAGCAGCUAGGAGUGGCUCCUUUUUCUGAGGGCCCUUGGCCCUUGUACAUUCACCCUCAAAGCCUCUCUGUGCUUUCACGCCUCCUGCUCAUCUGGCAACAUAAAGCCAGUGCUCAAGGUGACCCUGACGUCCCAGAAUGCCUUAAAGUUUGGGACAGGUUUUUGUCUACAAUGAAGCAGAAUGCCCUGCAAGGCGUGGUGCCCAAUGAGACAGAGGAUCUGAAUGUAGAACACCUGCAGAUGCUCCUCCUCAUUUUCCACAAUUUCACCGAGACAGGCCGGCGGGCCAUAUUGUCGCUUUUUGUCCAGAUCAUCCAGGAGUUGAGCGUCAACAUGGAUGCUCAGAUGCGCUUCGUGCCACUUAUCUUGGCUCGCCUCCUUCUCAUCUUUGAUUAUCUGCUUCAUCAGUACUCCAAAGCCCCUGUGUAUCUAUUUGAGCAGGUACAGCAUAACCUGCUAAGUCCUCCCUUUGGGUGGGCAAGUGGAUCCCAGGACAGCAACAGCCGCCGGGCAACCACUCCUCUCUAUCAUGGAUUCAAAGAAGUAGAAGAAAACUGGUCUAAGCAUUUCUCAUCAGAUGCUGUCCCACAGCCCAGAUUCUACUGUGUCCUGUCCCCAGAAGCCUCAGAGGAUGAUUUGAACCGACUUGAUUCUGUGGCAUGUGACGUCCUUUUCUCCAAGCUUGUCAAGUAUGAUGAGCUUUAUGCUGCACUGACAGCCCUGCUUGCAGCUGGGUCCCAGCUUGAUACAGUUAGGAGAAAGGAAAACAAGAAUGUAACAGCCUUGGAGGCCUGUGCCCUUCAAUAUUACUUCUUGAUACUGUGGAGGAUCCUAGGAAUUUUACCACCAUCAAAGACUUACAUUAACCAGCUAUCCAUGAACUCACCUGAGAUGAGCGAAUGUGACAUCUUGCACACUCUGCGAUGGUCUUCUCGGCUCCGGAUCAGCUCCUAUGUCAACUGGAUAAAGGAUCACCUUAUCAAACAGGGAAUGAAGGCUGAGCAUGCUAGCUCGCUUCUAGAACUGGCAUCCACCACUAAGUGUAGCUCAGUGAAAUAUGAUGUUGAAAUAGUAGAGGAAUACUUCGCUCGACAGAUCUCAUCCUUCUGUAGUAUCGACUGUACCACCAUCUUGCAGCUGCAUGAAAUUCCCAGUCUGCAGUCCAUCUACACCCUUGAUGCCGCCAUCUCAAAGGUCCAGGUCUCUUUGGAUGAGCAUUUUUCUAAGAUGGCUGCUGAGACUGAUCCUCAUAAGUCGUCUGAGAUUACCAAGAACCUACUUCCAGCCACGCUACAACUCAUUGACACCUAUGCAUCGUUCACCAGAGCCUAUUUGCUGCAAAACUUUAAUGAAGAGGGAACAACUGAGAAACCUUCCAAGGAGAAACUGCAAGGCUUUGCUGCUGUUUUGGCUAUUGGCUCUAGCAGGUGCAAGGCAAAUACUCUGGGUCCGACACUGGUUCAGAAUUUGCCAUCGUCAGUGCAGGCUGUGUGUGAGUCCUGGAACAACAUCAAUACCAAUGAAUUUCCCAAUAUUGGAUCCUGGCGCAAUGCCUUUGCCAAUGACACCAUCCCUUCAGAGAGUUAUAUUAGUGCAGUGCAGGCUGCACACCUGGGGACUCUCUGUAGCCAAAGUCUGCCCCUGGCUGCUUCCCUGAAGCAUACCCUCCUCUCACUGGUCAGGUUGACUGGAGAUCUUAUUGUUUGGUCAGAUGAGAUGAACCCACCACAGGUAAUUCGGACACUGCUACCUCUUCUUUUGGAAUCAAGCACUGAGAGUGUUGCCGAGAUCAGUAGCAACUCCCUGGAACGCAUCUUGGGCCCUGCUGAGUCUGAUGAGUUCUUGGCUCGUGUUUAUGAGAAGCUGAUCACUGGUUGUUACAACAUUCUGGCCAAUCAUGCAGAUCCUAACAGUGGACUGGAUGAAUCCAUCCUGGAGGAAUGUCUCCAGUACUUGGAAAAGCAGCUGGAAAGUAGCCAGGCUCGUAAAGCUAUGGAGGAGUUUUUCUCUGACAGUGGAGAACUUGUACAGAUCAUGAUGGCAACAGCCAAUGAGAACCUCUCUGCUAAAUUCUGUAACCGAGUUUUGAAAUUCUUCACCAAACUCUUCCAGCUGACUGAGAAGAGCCCUAACCCGAGCCUGUUGCAUCUCUGUGGCUCCCUGGCACAACUGGCCUGUGUGGAACCUGUGCGCCUGCAGGCCUGGCUCACCCGCAUGACUACAUCGCCCCCAAAAGAUUCUGAUCAGCUGGAUGUAAUUCAGGAGAACCGGCAGCUGCUGCAGUUACUGACCACAUACAUUGUUCGGGAAAACAGCCAAGUUGGGGAAGGUGUGUGUGCUGUUCUUCUGGGCACCCUGACUCCCAUGGCAACAGAGAUGCUGGCCAACGGUGAUGGGACUGGCUUCCCUGAACUUAUGGUUGUGAUGGCCACUCUGGCCAGUGCAGGUCAAGGUGCUGGUCACCUUCAGCUUCAUAAUGCUGCUGUGGAUUGGCUGAGCAGAUGCAAGAAAUACCUGUCACAGAAGAAUGUAGUUGAAAAACUGAAUGCCAAUGUAAUGCAUGGAAAGCAUGUGAUGAUCUUGGAGUGCACAUGCCAUAUCAUGUCUUACUUGGCUGAUGUCACAAAUGCCCUGAGCCAGAGUAAUGGUCAAGGCCCAAGUCAUCUCUCAGUGGAUGGGGAAGAGCGGGCCAUUGAAGUAGACUCAGACUGGGUGGAGGAGUUGGCGGUGGAAGAGGAAGAUUCCCAGGCUGAGGAUUCAGAUGAAGAUUCUCUUUGCAAUAAACUCUGCACUUUUACGAUCACACAGAAAGAAUUCAUGAACCAGCAUUGGUACCACUGUCACACCUGCAAAAUGGUGGAUGGCGUGGGUGUCUGCACAGUGUGUGCUAAGGUGUGCCACAAGGAUCAUGAGAUUUCCUAUGCCAAGUAUGGAUCCUUCUUCUGUGACUGUGGAGCCAAGGAAGAUGGCAGCUGUUUGGCUCUGGUGAAGAGAACUCCUAGCAGUGGCAUGAGCUCUACCAUGAAGGAGUCGGCAUUUCAGAGUGAACCCAGGAUUUCGGAGAGUCUAGUGCGUCAUGCCAGCACCUCCUCGCCAGCUGACAAAGCCAAGGUUACCAUCAGUGAUGGAAAGGUUGCUGACGAAGAGAAGCCCAAGAAGAGCAGCCUCUGCCGCACAGUAGAGGGCUGCCGGGAGGAAUUACAGAACCAGGCCAAUUUCUCCUUCGCUCCUCUCGUGUUAGACAUGCUUAAUUUCCUUAUGGAUGCCAUUCAGACCAACUUCCAGCAAGCUUCAGCCGUCGGGAGCAGCAGCCGUGCUCAGCAAGCCCUCAGUGAGCUACACACUGUGGAGAAGGCAGUGGAGAUGACAGACCAGCUGAUGGUUCCCACCUUAGGCUCCCAGGAAGGUGCCUUUGAGAAUGUGCGGAUGAAUUACAGUGGAGACCAGGGCCAGACCAUCCGGCAGCUGAUCAGUGCUCAUGUGCUCAGGCGGGUGGCUAUGUGUGUGCUCUCCUCUCCCCAUGGGCGCCGCCAACAUUUGGCUGUCAGCCAUGAGAAGGGCAAGAUCACCGUUCUGCAGCUCUCUGCACUCCUGAAGCAAGCAGAUUCCAGCAAAAGGAAGUUAACUCUGACCCGCUUGGCUUCUGCCCCAGUUCCUUUUACUGUGUUGAGCCUCACAGGAAAUCCCUGCAAGGAAGACUACUUGGCGGUUUGUGGGCUAAAGGACUGCCAUGUGCUCACCUUUAGUAGCUCAGGCUCUGUUUCGGAUCACUUGGUUUUGCACCCUCAGUUGGCAACGGGGAACUUCAUCAUCAAAGCCGUGUGGUUACCUGGUUCACAGACCGAGUUAGCAAUUGUCACCGCGGACUUUGUUAAGAUUUAUGACCUGUCUGUUGAUGCCUUGAGUCCAACCUUCUACUUUCUCCUGCCAAGCUCAAAGAUAAGAGAUGUUACCUUCCUUUUCAAUGAGGAGGGAAAGAACAUCAUUGUUAUAAUGUCUUCGGCUGGGUACAUCUAUACUCAGCUUAUGGAAGAGGCCAGCAGUGCCCAGCAGGGACCCUUCUAUGUCACUAAUGUGCUGGAAAUCAAUCAUGAGGACCUGAAGCAGGACAGUAACAGCCAGGUGGCGGGCGGUGGUGUGUCCGUGUACUACUCCCACGUGUUGCAGAUGUUGUUCUUCAGCUAUUGUCAAGGCAAAUCAUUCGCAGCCACCAUCAGCAGGACAACCCUGGAGGUGUUGCAACUCUUCCCCAUCAACAUCAAAAGUUUUGUUGUCUGCAGUUCCAAUGGUGGCAGUAAGACUUCUCCUGCUCUUUGCCAGUGGUCUGAGGUGAUGAACCACCCUGGCUUGGUGUGCUGUGUCCAGCAAACUACAGGGGUGCCGCUGGUAGUUAUGGUGAAACCAGACACUUUUCUUAUCCAGGAGAUUAAGACUCUUCCUGCUAAAGCAAAGAUCCAAGACAUGGUUGCUAUUAGGCACACGGCCUGCAAUGAGCAGCAGCGGACAACAAUGAUUCUGCUGUGUGAGGAUGGCAGCCUGCGCAUUUACAUGGCCAACGUGGAGAACACCUCCUACUGGCUGCAGCCAUCCCUGCAGCCCAGCAGUGUCAUCAGCAUCAUGAAGCCUGUUCGAAAGCGCAAAACGGCUACAAUCACAACCCGCACGUCUAGCCAGGUGACUUUCCCCAUUGACUUUUUUGAACACAACCAGCAGCUGACAGAUGUGGAGUUUGGUGGUAAUGACCUCCUACAGGUCUAUAAUGCACAACAGAUAAAACACCGGCUGAAUUCCACUGGCAUGUAUGUGGCCAACACCAAGCCCGGAGGCUUCACCAUUGAGAUUAGUAACAACAAUAGCACUAUGGUGAUGACAGGCAUGCGGAUCCAGAUUGGGACUCAAGCAAUAGAACGGGCCCCAUCGUAUAUCGAGAUCUUCGGCAGAACUAUGCAGCUCAACCUGAGUCGCUCACGCUGGUUUGACUUCCCCUUCACCAGAGAAGAAGCCCUGCAGGCUGAUAAGAAGCUGAACCUCUUCAUUGGGGCCUCGGUGGAUCCAGCAGGUGUCACCAUGAUAGAUGCUGUAAAAAUUUAUGGCAAGACUAAGGAGCAGUUUGGCUGGCCUGAUGAGCCCCCAGAAGAAUUCCCUUCUGCCUCUGUCAGCAACAUCUGCCCUUCAAAUCUGAACCAGAGCAACGGCACUGGAGAUAGCGACUCAGCUGCCCCCACUACGACCAGUGGAACUGUCCUGGAGAGUUCUGAAACUGAGUCCCUAACCAAGCUGGACCGGCUGGUUGUGAGUUCUUUAGAAGCCCUGGAAAGCUGCUUUGCCGUUGGCCCAAUCAUCGAGAAGGAGAGAAACAAGAAUGCUGCUCAGGAGCUGGCCACUUUGCUGUUGUCCCUGCCAGCACCUGCCAGUGUCCAGCAGCAGUCCAAGAGCCUUCUGGCCAGCCUGCACACCAGCCGCUCGGCCUACCACAGCCACAAGGAUCAGGCCUUGCUGAGCAAAGCUGUGCAGUGUCUCAACACAUCUAGCAAAGAGGGCAAGGAUUUGGACCCUGAGGUGUUCCAGAGGCUAGUGAUCACAGCUCGCUCCAUUGCCAUCAUGCGCCCCAACAACCUUGUCCACUUUACGGAGUCAAAGCUGCCCCAGAUGGAAACAGACUGUUUUUUUCCUAGAUGUGCCUGCUGGAGUCUAGGGAUAGUUGGCAUAUUGAUUGGGGCCCCACUUGAAACUCCCUCCCCAGAAGGAAUGGAUGAAGGGAAGGAACCGCAGAAGCAGUUGGAAGGAGAUUGCUGUAGUUUCAUCACCCAGCUUGUGAACCACUUCUGGAAACUCCAUGCAUCCAAACCCAAGAAUGCCUUCUUGGCACCUGCCUGCCUUCCAGGACUAACUCAUAUUGAAGCUACUGUCAGUGCUCUGGUGGACAUCAUCCAUGGCUACUGUACCUGUGAGCUGGAUUGUAUUAACACAGCAUCCAAGAUCUACAUGCAGAUGCUCUUGUGUCCUGAUCCUGCUGUGAGCUUCUCUUGUAAACAAGCUCUAAUUCGAGUCCUAAGGCCCAGGAACAAACGGAGACAUGUGACUUUACCCUCUUCCCCUCGAAGCAACACUCCAAUGGGAGACAAGGAUGAUGAUGACGAUGAUGAUGCAGAUGAGAAAAUGCAGUCAUCAGGGAUCCCGAAUGGUGGUCACAUCCGUCAGGAAAGCCAGGAACAGAGUGAGGUGGACCAUGGAGAUUUUGAGAUGGUGUCUGAGUCGAUGGUCCUGGAGACAGCUGAAAAUGUCAACAAUGGCAACCCCUCUCCCCUGGAGGCCCUGCUGGCAGGCGCAGAGGGCUUCCCCCCCAUGCUGGACAUCCCGCCUGAUGCAGAUGACGAGACCAUGGUUGAACUAGCCAUUGCCCUGAGCCUGCAGCAGGACCAACAAGGCAGCAGCAGCAGUGCCCUGGGCCUGCAGAGCCUGGGACUGUCCGGCCAGGCACCCAGCUCUUCCUCUCUGGACGCAGGAACCCUCUCUGACACCACAGCAUCAGCUCCAGCCUCAGACGACGAGGGCAGUACAGCAGCGACAGAUGGUUCUACCCUUCGGACCUCUCCUGCUGACCACGGUGGUAGUGUGGGCUCGGAGAGCGGGGGCAGUGCAGUGGACUCAGUGGCUGGCGAGCACAGUGUGUCUGGCCGGAGCAGUGCUUAUGGUGAUGCUACAGCUGAGGGGCAUCCGGCUGGACCAGGAAGUGUCAGCUCAAGCACUGGAGCCAUCAGCACCACCACUGGGCACCAGGAGGGAGAUGGCUCUGAGGGAGAAGGAGAAGGAGAAACUGAAGGAGAUGUCCACACUAGCAACAGGCUGCACAUGGUCCGUCUAAUGCUGUUGGAGAGAUUACUGCAGACCCUCCCUCAAUUACGAAAUGUUGGCGGUGUCCGGGCCAUCCCAUACAUGCAGGUCAUUCUAAUGCUCACUACAGAUCUGGAUGGAGAAGAUGAGAAAGACAAGGGGGCCCUAGACAACCUGCUCUCCCAGCUUAUUGCUGAGUUGGGUAUGGAUAAAAAGGAUGUCUCCAAGAAGAAUGAGCGCAGCGCCCUGAAUGAAGUCCAUCUGGUAGUAAUGAGACUCCUGAGUGUCUUCAUGUCCCGCACCAAAUCUGGAUCCAAGUCUUCCAUAUGUGAGUCAUCUUCCCUCAUCUCCAGUGCCACAGCAGCAGCUCUACUGAGCUCUGGGGCUGUGGACUACUGCCUGCACGUGCUCAAAUCACUGCUGGAAUAUUGGAAGAGCCAACAGAAUGAUGAGGAGCCUGUGGCUACCAGCCAGUUGCUGAAACCACAUACUACCUCCUCCCCACCUGACAUGAGCCCAUUCUUUCUCCGCCAGUAUGUGAAGGGUCAUGCUGCUGAUGUGUUUGAGGCCUAUACUCAGCUUCUAACAGAAAUGGUACUGAGGCUUCCAUAUCAAAUCAAAAAGAUUGCUGACACCAAUUCUCGAAUCCCACCUCCUGUCUUUGACCACUCGUGGUUUUACUUUCUCUCCGAGUACCUCAUGAUCCAGCAGACUCCAUUUGUGCGCCGUCAAGUCCGCAAACUUCUGCUGUUCAUCUGUGGAUCCAAAGAGAAGUACCGCCAGCUCCGGGAUUUGCACACCCUGGACUCUCACGUGCGUGGGAUCAAGAAGCUGCUAGAAGAGCAGGGGAUAUUCCUCCGGGCAAGUGUGGUUACAGCCAGCUCAGGCUCCGCCUUGCAAUAUGACACACUCAUCAGCCUGAUGGAGCAUCUGAAAGCCUGUGCAGAGAUUGCCGCCCAGCGAACCAUCAACUGGCAGAAAUUCUGCAUCAAAGACGACUCUGUCCUGUACUUCCUUCUCCAAGUCAGUUUCCUUGUGGAUGAGGGCGUGUCCCCAGUGCUGCUGCAACUGCUCUCCUGUGCUCUGUGCGGCAGCAAAGUGCUCGCUGCACUGGCAGCCUCUUCGGGAUCCUCCAGUGCUUCUUCCUCCUCAGCUCCUGUGGCUGCCAGUUCUGGACAAGCCACAACACAGUCCAAAUCUUCCACUAAAAAGAGCAAGAAAGAAGAAAAAGAAAAGGAGAAAGAUGGUGAGACCUCUGGCAGCCAGGAGGACCAGCUGUGCACAGCUCUGGUGAACCAGCUGAACAAAUUUGCCGAUAAGGAAACCCUGAUCCAGUUCCUGCGUUGUUUCCUGUUAGAGUCCAAUUCUUCCUCGGUGCGCUGGCAGGCCCACUGUCUGACACUGCACAUCUACAGAAAUUCCAGCAAAUCUCAACAGGAGCUCCUGCUAGAUCUGAUGUGGUCCAUCUGGCCAGAACUCCCAGCCUAUGGUCGUAAGGCUGCCCAGUUUGUGGACCUACUAGGAUAUUUCUCCCUGAAAACUCCACAAACGGAGAAGAAGUUGAAGGAGUAUUCACAGAAGGCUGUGGAGAUUCUGCGGACUCAAAACCAUAUUCUUACCAACCACCCCAACUCGAACAUUUAUAACACUUUGUCUGGCUUAGUGGAGUUUGAUGGCUAUUACCUGGAGAGUGAUCCCUGCCUGGUGUGUAAUAACCCGGAAGUACCAUUCUGUUAUAUCAAGCUGUCUUCCAUUAAAGUGGACACGCGGUACACCACCACCCAGCAGGUUGUGAAGCUCAUUGGCAGUCACACCAUCAGCAAAGUGACAGUGAAAAUCGGGGAUCUGAAACGGACCAAGAUGGUGCGGACCAUCAACCUGUAUUAUAACAACCGAACUGUGCAGGCCAUCGUGGAGUUGAAAAACAAGCCAGCUCGCUGGCACAAAGCCAAGAAGGUUCAGCUGACCCCUGGACAGACAGAGGUGAAGAUUGACCUGCCGUUGCCCAUUGUGGCCUCCAAUCUGAUGAUUGAGUUUGCAGACUUCUAUGAAAACUACCAGGCCUCCACAGAGACCCUGCAGUGCCCUCGCUGUAGUGCCUCGGUCCCUGCCAACCCAGGAGUCUGUGGCAACUGUGGAGAGAAUGUGUACCAAUGUCACAAAUGCAGAUCCAUCAACUACGAUGAAAAGGAUCCCUUCCUCUGCAAUGCCUGUGGCUUCUGUAAAUAUGCCCGCUUCGACUUCAUGCUCUAUGCCAAGCCUUGCUGUGCAGUGGAUCCCAUUGAGAAUGAAGAAGACCGGAAGAAGGCUGUAUCCAACAUCAAUACACUUUUGGACAAAGCUGAUCGAGUGUAUCAUCAGCUGAUGGGACACCGGCCACAGCUGGAGAACCUGCUCUGCAAAGUGAAUGAGGCAGCUCCAGAAAAGCCACAGGAUGACUCAGGAACAGCAGGGGGCAUCAGCUCCACUUCUGCCAGUGUGAAUCGUUACAUCCUGCAGUUGGCUCAGGAGUAUUGUGGAGACUGCAAGAACUCUUUUGAUGAACUCUCCAAAAUCAUCCAGAAAGUCUUUGCUUCACGCAAAGAGUUGUUGGAAUAUGACCUACAGCAGAGGGAAGCAGCCACUAAAUCAUCCCGGACCUCCGUGCAGCCCACAUUCACUGCCAGCCAGUACCGUGCCUUAUCCGUCCUGGGCUGUGGCCACACAUCCUCCACCAAGUGCUAUGGCUGCGCCUCGGCUGUCACAGAACAUUGUAUCACACUACUUCGGGCCCUGGCCACCAACCCAGCCUUGAGGCACAUCCUUGUCUCCCAGGGCCUUAUCCGAGAGCUCUUUGAUUAUAAUCUUCGCCGAGGGGCUGCGGCCAUGCGGGAGGAGGUCCGCCAGCUCAUGUGCCUCCUAACUCGAGACAACCCAGAAGCCACCCAGCAGAUGAAUGACCUGAUUAUUGGCAAGGUCUCCACAGCCCUGAAGGGCCACUGGGCCAACCCCGAUCUGGCAAGUAGCCUGCAGUAUGAAAUGCUGCUGCUGACGGAUUCUAUCUCCAAGGAGGACAGCUGCUGGGAGCUCCGGUUACGCUGUGCUCUCAGCCUUUUCCUCAUGGCUGUGAACAUUAAGACUCCUGUGGUGGUUGAGAACAUUACCCUCAUGUGCCUGAGGAUCUUGCAGAAGCUGAUAAAACCACCUGCUCCCACUAGCAAGAAGAACAAGGAUGUCCCCGUCGAGGCCCUCACCACGGUGAAGCCAUACUGCAAUGAGAUCCAUGCCCAGGCUCAACUGUGGCUCAAGAGAGACCCCAAGGCAUCCUAUGAUGCCUGGAAGAAGUGUCUUCCUAUCAGAGGGAUAGAUGGCAAUGGGAAAGCCCCCAGCAAAUCAGAGCUCCGCCAUCUCUAUUUGACUGAGAAGUAUGUGUGGAGGUGGAAACAGUUCCUGAGUCGUCGGGGGAAGAGGACCUCCCCCUUGGAUCUCAAACUGGGGCAUAACAACUGGCUGCGACAAGUGCUUUUCACUCCAGCAACGCAGGCCGCACGGCAGGCAGCCUGUACCAUUGUGGAAGCUCUGGCCACCAUUCCCAGCCGCAAGCAGCAGGUCCUGGACCUGCUUACCAGUUACCUGGAUGAGCUGAGCAUAGCUGGGGAGUGUGCAGCUGAGUACCUGGCUCUCUACCAGAAGCUCAUCACUUCCGCGCACUGGAAAGUCUACUUGGCAGCUCGGGGAGUCCUACCCUAUGUGGGCAACCUCAUCACCAAGGAAAUAGCUCGUCUGCUGGCGCUGGAGGAGGCUACCCUGAGUACCGAUCUGCAGCAGGGUUAUGCCCUUAAAAGUCUCACAGGCCUUCUCUCCUCCUUUGUUGAGGUGGAAUCCAUCAAAAGACAUUUUAAAAGUCGCUUGGUGGGUACUGUGCUGAAUGGAUACCUGUGCUUGCGGAAGCUGGUGGUGCAGAGGACCAAGCUGAUCGAUGAGACGCAGGACAUGCUGCUGGAGAUGCUGGAGGACAUGACCACAGGUACAGAAUCAGAAACCAAGGCCUUCAUGGCUGUGUGCAUUGAGACAGCCAAGCGCUACAAUCUGGAUGACUACCGGACCCCGGUGUUCAUCUUCGAGAGGCUCUGCAGCAUCAUUUAUCCUGAGGAGAAUGAAGUCACUGAGUUCUUUGUGACCCUGGAGAAGGAUCCCCAACAAGAAGACUUCUUACAGGGCAGGAUGCCUGGGAACCCGUAUAGCAGCAAUGAGCCAGGCAUCGGGCCGCUGAUGAGGGAUAUAAAGAACAAGAUUUGCCAGGACUGUGACUUAGUGGCCCUCCUGGAAGAUGACAGUGGCAUGGAGCUUCUAGUGAACAAUAAAAUCAUUAGUUUGGACCUUCCUGUGGCUGAAGUUUACAAGAAAGUCUGGUGUACCACGAAUGAGGGAGAGCCCAUGAGGAUUGUUUAUCGUAUGCGGGGGCUGCUGGGCGAUGCCACAGAGGAGUUCAUUGAGUCCCUGGACUCUACUACAGAUGAAGAAGAAGAUGAAGAAGAAGUGUAUAAAAUGGCUGGUGUGAUGGCCCAGUGUGGGGGCCUGGAAUGCAUGCUUAACAGACUCGCAGGGAUCAGAGAUUUCAAGCAGGGACGCCACCUUCUAACAGUGCUACUGAAAUUGUUCAGUUACUGCGUGAAGGUGAAAGUCAACCGGCAGCAACUGGUCAAACUGGAAAUGAACACCUUGAACGUCAUGCUGGGGACCCUAAACCUGGCCCUUGUAGCUGAACAAGAAAGCAAGGACAGUGGGGGCGCAGCUGUGGCUGAGCAGGUGCUUAGCAUCAUGGAGAUCAUUCUAGAUGAGUCCAAUGCUGAGCCCCUGAGUGAGGACAAGGGCAACCUCCUCCUGACAGGUGACAAGGAUCAACUGGUGAUGCUCUUGGACCAGAUCAACAGCACCUUUGUUCGCUCCAACCCCAGUGUGCUCCAGGGCCUGCUUCGCAUCAUCCCGUACCUUUCCUUUGGAGAGGUGGAGAAAAUGCAGAUCUUGGUGGAGCGAUUCAAACCAUACUGCAACUUUGAUAAAUAUGAUGAAGAUCACAGUGGUGAUGAUAAAGUCUUCCUGGACUGCUUCUGUAAAAUAGCUGCUGGCAUCAAGAACAACAGCAAUGGGCACCAGCUGAAGGAUCUGAUUCUCCAGAAGGGGAUCACCCAGAAUGCACUUGACUACAUGAAAAAGCACAUCCCUAGCGCCAAGAAUUUGGAUGCCGACAUCUGGAAAAAGUUUUUGUCUCGCCCAGCCUUGCCGUUUAUCCUAAGGCUGCUUCGGGGCCUGGCCAUCCAGCACCCUGGCACCCAGGUUCUGAUUGGAACUGAUUCCAUCCCGAACCUGCAUAAGCUGGAGCAGGUGUCCAGUGAUGAGGGCAUUGGGACCCUGGCAGAGAACCUGCUGGAAGCCCUGCGGGAACACCCUGACGUAAACAAGAAGAUUGACGCAGCCCGCAGGGAGACCCGGGCGGAGAAGAAGCGCAUGGCCAUGGCAAUGAGGCAGAAGGCCCUGGGCACCCUGGGCAUGACGACAAAUGAAAAGGGCCAGGUCGUGACCAAGACAGCACUCCUGAAGCAGAUGGAAGAGCUGAUCGAGGAGCCUGGCCUCACGUGCUGCAUCUGCAGGGAGGGAUACAAGUUCCAGCCCACAAAGGUCCUGGGCAUUUAUACCUUCACGAAGCGGGUAGCCUUGGAGGAGAUGGAGAAUAAGCCCCGGAAACAGCAGGGCUACAGCACCGUGUCCCACUUCAACAUUGUGCACUACGACUGCCAUCUGGCUGCCGUCAGGUUGGCUCGAGGCCGGGAAGAGUGGGAGAGUGCCGCCCUGCAGAAUGCCAACACCAAGUGCAAUGGGCUCCUUCCGGUCUGGGGACCUCAUGUCCCUGAAUCAGCUUUUGCCACUUGCUUGGCAAGACACAACACUUACCUCCAGGAAUGUACAGGCCAGCGGGAGCCCACAUAUCAGCUCAACAUCCACGACAUCAAACUGCUCUUCCUGCGCUUUGCCAUGGAGCAGUCGUUCAGCGCAGACACUGGCGGGGGCGGCCGGGAGAGCAACAUCCACCUGAUCCCGUACAUCAUUCACACUGUGCUUUACGUCCUGAACACAACCCGAGCAACUUCCCGAGAAGAGAAGAACCUCCAAGGCUUUCUGGAACAGCCCAAGGAGAAGUGGGUGGAGAGUGCCUUUGAAGUGGACGGGCCCUACUAUUUCACAGUCUUGGCCCUUCACAUCCUGCCCCCUGAGCAGUGGAGAGCCACACGUGUGGAAAUCUUGCGGAGGCUGUUGGUGACCUCGCAGGCCCGGGCAGUGGCUCCAGGUGGAGCCACCAGGCUGACAGAUAAGGCAGUGAAGGACUAUUCCGCUUACCGUUCUUCCCUUCUCUUUUGGGCCCUCGUCGAUCUCAUUUACAACAUGUUUAAGAAGGUGCCUACCAGUAACACAGAGGGAGGCUGGUCCUGCUCUCUCGCUGAGUACAUCCGCCACAACGACAUGCCCAUCUACGAAGCUGCUGACAAAGCCCUGAAAACCUUCCAGGAGGAGUUCAUGCCGGUGGAGACCUUCUCAGAGUUCCUCGAUGUGGCCGGUCUUUUGUCAGAAAUCACCGAUCCAGAGAGCUUCCUGAAGGACCUGUUGAACUCAGUCCCCUGACCACCACACAGCAGCUGCGGUGGCGAAGACGAAGCUGGCUUGCCUUCCACCCUCUGUUCUCCCUCCUUGUGCAUUGAGUUCCCUCCGCGGGAUGCUGCAUUGUUACCCCGCCCUCCCCUCUCUCAUUUUUCUUGGUGUGGCUUGGGGUUUUUAGGCUUCCUGUUUUAUCUCGUGUGUGUGGUGCACUAGCUAUGAGGUUGUCUGUAACCCAAGCCAUCAAAGGGCCUGUACAUACCUAGGAGCCAUGAGUUGUCCCGGCCAACUUCAUACUUGAGUGUGCACAUCUUGAGAAAUAAACAAGUGACUUAACACACAUUGAAAAA